GCUUCCCCGGCUCCCAACGCUGAAGGCCCCCGGGCCAUCCUGAUGCUUGGAACUACACUUCCCAGAAGGCUGAGCGCCGAAGAAGCACGGAACAAGGGAACUGUUUGCCGCAAAGCCUGCUGCUGCCUCCAUGGCAGGCUCAGAAGAGCUGGGGCUCCGGGAGGACACGCUGAGGGUCCUAGCUGCCUUUCUGAGGCAGGGCGAGGCUGCCGGGUCCCUGCCCCCCACUCCACCGAGGAGCCCUGCCCAAGUGGAGCCAACGGACUUCCUGAGCCGCCUUCGAAGAUGUCUUCCCUGUCCCCUGGGCCGAGGAGCCGUUCCUCCUGAGUCCUCUAGGCCUUGCUCCCUGCCCCUCCGCCCCUGCUAUGGCUCAGCACCUGGCCCAGCUGCCCCUGACUUCUAUACCCUGGUGGCCCAGCGGCUAGAACAGCUGGUCCAAGAGCAGCUAAGGUCUCCACCCAGCCCAGAGUUGCAGGGUCCCCCACCCACGGAGAAGGAAGCUCUGCUGCGGAGGCUGGUGGCCUUGCUGGAGGAGGAGGCAGAAGUUAUCAACCAGAAGCUGGCGCUAGACCCCGCCCUGCGUCGCAGGCUGGCCCGCCUGUCCACUGGUUCCUUCGCCCGCCUAGUGGAGCUGUUCUCCAGCCGGGAGGGCAGUCCUGGUCUGAGCUGCACCAGCCCUUCACUACCAUGCCCUGGGCCCCCACCGCCUUCCCCUGAGCCCCUGGCCCGCCUGGCCCUGGCUAUGGAGCUGAGCCGGCGUGUGGCCCGGCUGGGGGGCACCCUGGCUGGCCUCAGUGUGGAGCAUGUGCACAGCUUUACACCCUGGAUCCAGGCCCAAGGGGGCUGGGAGGGCAUCCUGGCCGCCUCCCCAGUGGACCUGAACUUACCCUUGGACUGAGCCGGACCUCAGAAGCUGCUGCAAGACUGGACCUCUAGCCCUGCCCUCCUUGUGUGCCUUUCCAAUUUCUUCCUUUACUCAGGGCUGUGGGUGGUGGCUGCCCUACCUGAUUUGCCAAAAAAGAUUUGUUUUAAAUUUUAGAU